GUUGUCUGUGUCCAUUUUUAUUUUUGUUUUGUUUUAUUUUCACUUUUUCACCGACGCCGUUCAUCCUUUGGGAACCCCUGGACCUGCUGGAGCUGGACUCCAGCAGAUAUGUAAAGUACAGCACAGGCAAUAUUAGUAAUAUUGUAUUAAUGUUGUAUGGUGACAGAUGGUGACUACAUUUCUUGUGAUAUAGGGAGAAGGACAAAGAGAAGAAGCCCAAGAGCCGCCCUUUCCACAGAAGAGUAUCUAAUAGCAGACAAACUCACUCCUAUAGCUGGGACACUAAAAACCCAUAGCUUACAUGAAAAGGAACAAGAAAUAAGCCUGCUUCUUUAAGAAUCUAAGUGCUGAAAGCAGAUCUGAGACAAAAUAAAACUUCUGUGAUAAUUCAUAACCACAGCUUUUGCGAAUCCUGUUCACCGCGGUAGAAAGGGAGAGGAUUCAACUUGAAGCGCGGAAGCUGGUUCCCGGGGAAGAUGGUGGACCCACUGUUAAUCCUGACCUCAUUAAUGCAGCAUUUCCCCUGACUCGGCCUGAUUGGGACUACAGUGCAGCAGAAGGGCUCUACAGAGAGUUCAUGAGGCCGUGUGGCCUAAAUUAAGAGAACUGUAUGAGACGGGGCCCCCACCCACUCCCCAUCAGUAUCAUCCCGGAGACUGGAUCCUCGUCAAGCGACACCCGCAGGAGAACCUUGAACCCAGAUGGAAGGGACCUUACCAAAUCAUCCUGACAACUCCCACCGCCAUCAAGGUAGAUAACCUCCCUACCUGGAUUCACCACACCCACAUUAAGCCUGUCGACCCGCUGUCUAACCUCGUGGGACACAUUGAUAGAAAUACUACUUGGACUGUAGACCGGAGUAAGAAAAACCCCCUCAAACUAACCUUGCGCCGUGCCUCCCCCAGACAUGUUCCAGAUAGUGACCCUUGUCCUACUAGCCCUCAACCUCAAACUCCUGGAGGGAGGACUAAAUGCCCCCGUUGACAAACAGAGAUUGUUACAAGCUCUGUAUGGAAGGCCCUGUGAUUGCAGAGGUAGCGUAGUUAGCACCAUUGCCCUGCCACAUAGUAAAAGAAUAGUAGCCGGCUCUGUAGGAAGAGGGGGUCUACAGCGAAGCUACACUCAAACCCAAGACUGUGGGACCACAACCGCUUACUUAACCCAGACCUAUGACACCACCAGACUCCAACAACAGCAGUGGUUAUGUGUUAACAAACCCAAACCCCUGCCCCCUAUGACAAAAUGCCCUUGCUCCACUUUCCAAGAGUCGAUGCACAGCUCUUGUUAUGACUCCUAUCAACAAUGUAUAGGGCCAGAUAACUCCACCACCUACUUUACGGCCAUCCUACAAAGUAACAGGGCAGCAAUAGCCAGUGAUAACAAUAUGCAACUUCAAGCUGGCUGCUCUGGCUCAAUUGGAGCCGCCAUCUGCUGGAACCCCCGAGCCCCCAUACAUGUGUCUGACGGUGGAGGACCCCAAGACGCUGUUAGACAGAUUGAAACGCAAACGAGGCUUAAGGACCUCGCAGAACAUAUGUAUCCACAGCUUAAUUACCACCCCCUAGUUCUCCCUAGGCACAGCCCUUACAAGUUAGACCCUCAGACAAUGUCUAUCCUAGAAACCACUUUCUCACUCUUAAACAUCUCUAACCCGACUCUAGCCCAAGAUUGUUGGCUUUGCCUACCCCAGCAAACUCCCCGACCCAUCGCCAUCCCCACUGAAGUUGAUAUCCGCAUAACCAAUGACUGCUUUCCCUCUUCCCUACCUGACCCCUUCCCCGUUCAAUUCAUUAGCCCGUUCAAUGCCUCUUGCUUUAUAAAUAGCCUUACCUCCCAGAAUAACAGCAUAGAUGUAGGGAUCAUAUCUCUUGCCCGAUGCCACCAGUACAUCACUAUCAACUCCUCCUUAUGUAGUACCAACACCACCGUUUUCGUCUGCGGAAAUAACCUAGCCUACACCUACCUUCCCCACAAUUGGACUGGAGUAUGCAUCCUGGCCACUCUGCUACCAGAUAUCGACUUAGUCGCAGGAAAACCCCCCAUGCCCAUCCCUAGUCUGGACUUUGUAGCUGGCAGAUCCAAAUGAGCUGUGGCUGUUAUCCCCCUCCUGGUAGGCCUAGGAAUUACAGGCGCAUUAACUACCAGGACAGCAGGAUUAGGAGUCUCCAUACACUCCUAUCUGCGACUCUCUCGUCAACUAAUUGACGACGUCGAAGCCUUGUCAGGGACAAUCCAGGAUCUGCAAGAUCAGCUAGAUUCCCUAGAAGAAGUGGUGUUACAGAAUAGAAGAGGGUUGGAUCUGCUAACCGCAGAACAAGGCGGCAUCUGCUUAGCCCUACAAGAAAAAUGUUGCUUUUAUGCCAAUAAAUCAGGAAUAGUUCGGACCAAAAUCAAACAGCUCCAAGAGGACCUCGCACGCCAACGAAAAGAACUAGCCGAAAACCCACUGUGGUCAGGACUCCACGGGUUUCUCCCCUACCUUCUUCCCCUUUUGGGCCCCCUACUAUGCCUCCUCCUCCUUUUUACCCUUGGCCCUAUUAUGAUCAAUAAAAUAAUGGACUUUAUCAGGGACAGACUAAACACCAUUCAGAUUAUGGUCCUUAGGCCACAGUAUCAGCCCCUAGACAUGGAAAGCGAGCUUGAUUAGGUAAUACUGUAGGACCCAAGAUUGGUUCCUCAGGUACUUGAGAAAGGGGGGGAAUGAGAGGCCUAGGCAAACUGAAACUUAACCAGCUUGUUCCGCUUCUGUACAAUUGCUUGGCGCGCCCCUGUAUUCCUGGCCAAUCAUUAAGAUACCCGUACCCCUAGUUGUAUGAUCUAAAGGCGGGAACCAAUCCAAUUCUGCUAAGUGUUCAAAUUUAAAUAUCAACCAAUUGCAGCUCUGUAACUGUGAAAAAUCCCUGCUUUCCCCAUGACUUGUCUGUACCUGUCUAUAAAAGGGCUGUAAAAACCUCACUCGGGGCCUCUUAGCGUCACUGGCAACGAGUGCGCGGAGUACCGGGUUCGAACCUGCAAUAAACGACCCUUGCCACUUG